GAGCGCUGCCCUGUCAGUCAGUCAGAAGCCGCCUUCCCAUUGAGGAAUACUGUUUGCCUUAAUCGUUCGUAUUCUUUAUUCACCGGUCGUUUUGGCUUUUUCUUGCCCCUGCAAACGGACGGAGAGGCGAUUUUUAAAUCAACAGCGCAGAUUGCACCUGAGGCGCUGAGACAUCACCUCCGUUUCCAUCCCGAUGCCAUGGCCUCCAUGGCGUUGCCAUGUGGAAAGUGACCUGACCCUGCAUCCUCCGCCAGUUCAUGUCUGAGGACCGUGACCCGAAGCUCUACCGCCUCUCCGCUCUGGACGGCCGCGAGCGCGUCUGCUUCCGGGCCGAGGAAGAGCACGGCCCCCCGCGCGGCUCCAUGAGCCAGCUCCACCGCAUGGCCAGCGGUUACAGCGAGGGCCGCGGCGGGCAGGACGGCGGGGAACUGGAACCCGAGCUGGGACUGGCCUCCGAGGGCAGCGACAGCGGCCAUGAGCACCCGGCCUCGCUGUGCUCCCCGCACGACGACAGGAAGCGCCAGCGGGCGCCCCUACACGAGGACGUGGAGAUGGGCGGCUCGAGCGGGAGCGGGACGGAGUCCCACGGCAACGAGUCGCACGGCAACGAGUCCCACGGCAACGAGUCCGUGGGCAGUUCGAACGGCAACGGGAAGGAUUCGGCUCUUAUGGAGUCAUCGGGGAGCAACAAGAGCUCCAACUCCCACAGCCCUUCUCCCCCGAGCAGCUCCAACGCCUUCAGCCUGCUGAGCUCUGAGCAGGACAACCCUUCGACCAGUGGCUGCAGCAGCGAACAGUCGGCCAAAGCCAAGACUCAGAAGGAGCUCUUCAAGACCCUCAAGGAGCUCAAGAUGCACCUGCCCCCAGAAAAGAGGGGCAAGGGGAAAUCCAACACGGUCAACACGCUCAAGUACGCGCUGCGGUGUAUCAAGCAGGUGAAAGCCAACGAAGAAUACUACCAGAUGCUGAUGAUCAAUGACAGCCACCCUCCUGGCUUCGAUGUGUCAUCCUACACCAUUGAAGAGAUCAACACCAUCACCUCGGAGUACACCCUGAAAAACACCGACAUAUUUGCCGUGGCGGUGUCCCUCAUCACCGGGAAGAUCGUUUACAUCUCCGACCAGGCGGCCUCCAUACUGAACUGCAAGCAGGAGGUCUUCCACAACGCCAAGUUCGUGGAGUUCCUGACGCCGCAGGACGUGAGCGUGUUCUACAGCUUCACCACGCCGUACCGCCUGCCCUCGUGGAGCAUGUGCACCGGAGCAGAGUCGUCUCCCACGGAGUGCAUGCAGGAGAAAUCCUUCUUUUGCCGCAUCAGCGGCGGAAAGGAGCGGGAGGGCGAUCUCCAGUACUACCCUUUCCGGAUGACUCCCUACCUGAUGAAAGUCCAAGACGCUGAGCUGUCUGAAGAACAGUUCUGCUGCCUCCUGCUGGCGGAGAGGGUGCACUCCGGUUAUGAAGCCCCCAGGAUUCCUCCAGACAAGCGUAUUUUUACCACCACACACACCCCUAACUGUGUGUUCCAGGAUGUCGAUGAGAGGGCUGUGCCUCUGUUGGGGUACCUCCCUCAGGACCUGAUUGGGACCCCCAUUCUGCUCAAUCUGCACCCAAGUGACCGGCCGUUGAUGCUGGCUGUGCAUCGCAAAAUUCUGCAGUACGCCGGUCAACCCUUCGACCACUCCUCCAUCCGCUUCUGCGCGAGGAACGGCGAAUACAUCACCAUCGACACCAGCUGGUCCAGCUUCGUGAACCCCUGGAGCCGAAAGGUGUCUUUCGUCAUCGGGAGGCACAAAGUGCGCCAGGGCCCCGUCAACGAAGACGUCUUCGCUGCCCCGGCUUUCCACGGGGGGAAGAUGAUGGAUUCGGACAUCCAGGAAAUCAGCGAGCAGAUCCACAGGCUGUUGCUCCAACCGGUCCACAGCAUGGGCUCCAGUGGCUACGGCAGCUACGGCAGCAACGGCUCCCACGAGCAGCAGGUGAGCAUCAGCUCAUCCAGCGAGAGCAACGGCAACAUGCCCGCGGGGAGCACGGCGGAGGAGACGGGCAAGACCAAGCCGUCGAGGACCUUUCAGGAAAUCUGCAAGGGAGUGCACAUGCAGAAGAAUCAGGACUCUCAGGUCUGCGUGCGCGCCUCCUCCGUGUGGCAGCCCCGGGCGGAGCAAAGAAAGAGCACCGACAAUUCGCCCGCAGCUCAGAGGAGUUCAGGGGUCCGUGUACGGGACUCCGGCGCCCCUUCGCAGCUCAGAGACAACGCCGGCGUGGACGACUUCACCUACAAGGACCAGACAGUGUGCUCCUACCAGCAGAUCAGCUGCCUCGACAGCGUCAUCAGGUAUCUGGAGAGUUGUAACGUCCCCAUCACGGUGAAAAGGAAGUACCAGUUCUCGUCCAACACCACCUCGUCCAACUCCGACGACGACAAGAGGGGUUCGGAAGACGGCAUGCAAGUGCCUCAGGGGACCCACCCAGAUCCUUUGCUGCUCGACCCCCAGCCCAGCAUGUCGAACAUGAAGGCCCCUAAGAAGCCCCCAUCGGGGGCGGCGGGUGUGGUGGGGGGCACCCUGGCGCCGCUGCCUCUGCCCAGCAAGGCUGAAAGUGUCGUGUCCAUCACCUCCCAGUGCAGCUACAGCAGCACCAUUGUGCACGUGGGAGACAAGAAGCCUCAGCCGGAGUCUGAGAUCAUCGAAGACGUCGCCGAGAGCCCGGCGCCGCCCGCGCUGCCGGUCAGCAUGGUGCCGCCGCCCAGCCAGGAGAAGGAGGCCUACAAGAGGCUGGGGCUGACGAAGGAGGUGCUGGCGGCGCACACCCAGAAGGAGGAGCAGGCCUUCCUGAACCGCUGCAGGGAGCUCCGCAGCGCCCGGAGCCUCCAGAAGGAGUGCUCCUCCUGUCUGCACAACCAGAGGGGCCCGGCCACCGCCGAAGAUUCGCCCGGUCAGCAAGGAGCCGCCAGACAAGGCGCCACCAGGCCAGAGACGACCGCCAAGAAAGGCGGCCGCAACAGAAAGUCCAAGAAGCCACGGAUGAAGCACCCUGACUCGUCGGACAGCGCCGCGUCCAACCGUAAACCCCUGCCCCCUCUCCAGGGUCUCAACCAGACCUCCUGGUCCCCGUCCGAAGCGUCCCAGUCAGCUUUUAACGUCUCCUACCCCACCAUGGUGCCUGCGUAUCCGCUCUACCCCCCCACACCCGCCGCGCCAGCCCAGGGCUCUCGCCCGGACGCGUCCCUCUCCUCCAGCGCCCAAGCUCCCCCCACCAGCGCUCCGUUCCCCGCCCCCAUUGUUACGCCUGUGAUGGCUCUGGUGCUGCCAAAUUAUCUUUUCCCCCAAAUGGGACCUCUGAAUCAGAUGGCCCAGCUGGGGGCAGCCCCUAGACCGACGUUUUUCGCCGAGCCGACCCAGCCGCUACAGGCGUACCCCGCCCAGCAGGCCUUUCAGACGCCGCAGGCUGCGUACGCCAUGCAGGCUCAGCCCUCGUUCGCCCCUCAGCAGCCCUUCCCCGUGCAGACUGCCUUUUCCCCGCAGCAGCCUUUCCAAGCUCCACAGACCGCCUACAUUACCCAGCAGCCCUUCCCGGCUCCUCAGACCGCCUACGCCACCCAGCAGCCCUUCGCUGCCCAGCCGGCUUUCCCAGUGCAGACUCCGUUCAUGGCGCAAGCCCCUUACCCGCCGCAGCCUUUCCCCUACACCAUGGCCCCCGAGCACGGCAAGGCCGCCGCAGCAGAGCCCAGGGAGGGAGCGGCGUCGCGCUCCUCCACCCCUGGCUCGGGGGCCAGGGAGCCCACCACGUCCCCUCCGCUGUUCGAGUCGCGCUGCAGUUCACCCCUGCAGCUCAACCUGCUGAGCAUGGAGGAGGGGCAACGCUCGGUGGAGAGGCAGGACAGCACGGCGGCCCCCUCCGGAGGCCAGGGCGGUGCUGCAGCAGCGGUGCCGGGGGCAGCAGGGGACAAGAGCGGAGGGGCAGCUAAGGCUGAUAAUCACCAGCAGCUGGAACCCAGAGGCGACGGAGCUCACAGCGAUGGGAACUCCUCGUCCUGUGACCUGCUGGACAUCCUGCUGCAGGAGCAGGAGGACGCCCACUCCGGCACCGGAUCAGCCACCUCUGGCUCCAUGGGCUCAGGUUUGGGCUCAGCGUCAGGCUCGGGCUCCAAUGACUGUCGGACCUCGGCUAGCGGAGCAUCUGGCAGCAGAACAGGAAGCAGCAACACCAGCAAGUACUUCGGCAGCAUCGACUCUCUGGAGCACGACCCAAAGGGGAAAGGCAAGAUGAGAGGCGACGGAGGCUCCGACGGCACCAAGUCCCAGACCAACGUCUCGGUCCAGGGGGAAGGGGAGCAUUUCAUCAAAUACGUCCUGCAGGAGCCCCUCUGGCUGCUCAUGGCCAAUGCCGACGACAAGGUCAUGAUGACGUAUCAGAUGCCGUCCAGGGACAUUCAGAGGGUGCUGAGGGAGGACAAGGAGAGGCUGCGGCAGAUGCAGAAGAGCCAGCCUCACUUCACCUCGGAGCAGCGGAGAGAGCUGGUGGAGGAGCAUCCCUGGAUGAGGAGAGGAGGCCUCCCGGCGGCUAUCAAUGUCAAGGAGUGCGUGUACUGUGAGGACGCCGCAGCCACGGCCGGACCCAUUGAAGAGGAGCUCCCCGACAUGGACUUGGGAGAGCUGGGCGAGGACUUGGGGAGAGAGGGACAGAGGGGCCAGAGCCAAUCAGAGGAGCCUAAACCUUACGAAGUUACAUUGACCAAUCAGAGGCCGUUUCCGGUAUGCCUGAAAAUUGGUUCAUCCAAUCAGGUGUGCCGUUUAGCAAGAGUUAAAACCCUUAGAGAACACAACAGCAGGCUCUAUUUUGUUCGAGGAAUCGUUAGGAAAACUUUUAUUUCAACAGAAAUGAGGGAAAUUGUUCACCUUCAAGCUGGCCAAUGCGGCAAUCAGAUCGGAGCGAAGUUUUGGGAGGUGAUAAGCGACGAGCACGGCAUUGACCCAACCGGGACAUACCACGGUGACAGCGACCUGCAGCUGGAGCGCAUCAACGUGUAUUACAACGAGGCGUCAGGUGGAAAGUAUGUCCCUCGUGCUGUGCUGGUGGACUUGGAGCCAGGAACUAUGGACUCUGUGAGGUCUGGUCCCUUUGGACAGGUGUUUAGACCUGACAAUUUUGUUUUUGGCCAGAGUGGCGCUGGUAACAACUGGGCUAAAGGUCACUACACCGAAGGAGCUGAGCUGGUGGACUCUGUCCUGGAUGUAGUGAGAAAAGAGGCGGAGAGCUGCGACUGCCUGCAGGGCUUCCAGCUCACCCACUCCCUGGGAGGAGGCACGGGCUCCGGCAUGGGCACGCUCGUCAUCAGUAAGAUCAGAGAGGAGUACCCAGACCGCAUCAUGAACACCUUCAGCGUUGUGCCAUCACCUAAGGUGUCGGACACUGUGGUGGAGCCCUAUAACGCCACCCUAUCUGUCCACCAGCUGGUUGAGAACACGGAUGAGACCUUCUGCAUCGACAACGAGGCCCUCUACGACAUCUGCUUCCGUACGCUGAAGCUCACCACGCCCACCUACGGUGACCUGAACCACCUGGUCUCGGCCACCAUGAGCGGCGUCACCACCUGCCUGCGCUUCCCUGGCCAGCUGAACGCCGACCUCAGGAAGCUCGCAGUCAACAUGGUGCCGUUCCCCAGAAUGCACUUCUUCAUGCCCGGUUUUGCUCCCCUGACCAGCCGAGGCAGCCAGCAGUACAGAGCCCUGUCAGUUCCUGAACUCACCAUUCAGAUGUUCGAUGCCAAGAACAUGAUGGCGGCCUGCGAUCCCCGCCACGGCCGGUACCUCACAGUCGCCGCCAUCUUCCGAGGCCGCAUGUCCAUGAAGGAAGUGGACGAGCAAAUGCUGAACGUGCAGAACAAGAACAGCUGCUAUUUCGUGGAAUGGAUCCCAAACAACGUGAAGACGGCCGUAUGCGACAUCCCGCCGCGUGGACUCAAGAUGGCCGCCACUUUCAUUGGGAACAGCACGGCCAUUCAGGAGCUGUUCAAGCGCAUCUCUGAGCAGUUCACCGCCAUGUUCCGCCGCAAGGCUUUUCUCCACUGGUACACGGGGGAGGGGAUGGACGAGAUGGAGUUCACUGAGGCUGAGAGCAACAUGAAUGACCUGGUGUCAGAAUAUCAGCAGUACCAGGAGGCCACUGUGGAAGAAGAGGAGGAAGAGGAGGGAGAGUUUGAGGAAGACCUGGCCUGAGCAGCCAUUAUGUUCUUCCCCUCUUGGAAUGGUUUCCAUGAUGCAAUUUUUAGCUGCUGACAACUGGAUUUGAACCUAACAAUUUCAAAUCAGUGGAACUUAAAGGGUGAUGCAUAAAUAAAUUGAAUAGAAAGA